UCAGAUGGUAUCAGUAAAUUAUUAAUUUCCUUGUUUGUUCUUUCGAGUUUUUAUAUUAAAUUUAAUGCAAUUAAUCUCUCAAAAAGCUAUGUCUUCAUCUUAAUUAAUAGUGUUUCGUAUCCUUUUGAUUCAUUACUACAAUAACACCGAUAAUUCUAUGGAAACCUGUUUGAUAUCACCAGAUUGCGUCGCCAUGUAGACUUUCGUAAAUCGCAAGUUAUUUCGCCGUAUUUGGUGGGAUAUCGCCUCAAUAACCAACCCACAGAUAUACCGACUGCUCUAUUGUAGUACUCGUUUAGUGCAAAUCUACUGGGAAGAUAGUAAAAAACAUGGUUGAACCAGAGAAGCCUUUUGCCUGUUCCAUGCCGGACUGUGGCAUGACGUUCACGAAUGAAGACCAUUUACACGUUCACACGAAGAAACACGAUAUGAUGCUACAACUAGGUUCAGAGCAGAAGGCGGCUUUUGUUGCUGACCAGACUCCGACUCCGACCCGCUUCAUCCGUAACUGUGAGGAGGUGGGCCUCUUCCAGGACUUGACGGUGAAUCCCUUCGAGGAGGGCUUCAAACGCGCGAUGGAGACUUACAAACACGGCAGCCUCCUGGAAAGUACUCCAACCUCGACAUCCGACGACCUGCACACGCCGCAAAUGGUGUUCCCCAUGAUUGACCCUGGAGACUCCACGUUGUACACCAGCAAUAACCAGAGGAAUAUUACUAUUAGCAGAUCAUCCAGCGACGAAUCGGGCACAAUCAAAGAGUAUGAAACAACAACAAUAUCAAAAUUGACUAACGAAGUCACCACCAUCAGCAGGAUCGUCAACAAGCAUGACGUCAUCGACAAGAUACACGCCGAUGACGUCAUCAACAAAGAUGAUGUACGCCAGAAAGACGUGCACAACGAAACGUCAGUGUCAUUCACGAAUAAUGUUAUAAAGAUACAUAAUAAUAUAGAAAUUAGGAAAGACAAUUUGAUUAAUGUAGAGACAGCAAAAGUUGUACCUAGUAUAAUGUAUACAGAUUCGGUUAUAAAAGACUCCAAUAAUGUUACUACUAAAGACGUUUUACUAACUGAUGGAGCAAAAAAUGAACUUCCAAAAGUGCCCCCUAUGAUGAGUCAAAAAUCUUUAGACUUCGUCGUAGAUUGUCUCACCUCAGAUCUGUGUAGAGAUGAAAUUAAAAAACCGGCGCCCAAGCCCAAAACGCGAAAAGUUACUAAACCAAAAAGUCCAGUUACACCAAAGACCGAUUCAAAAGAAGACUAUGAAGUGAUUAUUAAACUGCCCAAUGGGAAACAAGUGAGAAUGAAAGCCGUCGAAGAACUGAAUCAAGAUAAAGGGAAAAACAUCGAAGAUGACACGAAAGAGAAGUUAAAAUUAGCAAUUAAUAACAAAGUAUCGCAAAAACAACCGGUUAUACAACGAAUACCCAGCAUCAAUACUCAAAUCCCAACCAUCCUACCGAUAUCUACCGGUACUCUAAUACCGGUAACUAUAGUAACCAGUAACAACGCUCAGAUACUUCAAAAAGUUCCGAUAGCACCAUUCAAUCCUUUACAAAAACCGAAUCAGGAGUUCAAAAAGACUGUCAAAAGAAAAAACGAUAGGAUAUCCAGUGAUGAUGAUAAAAAUAAGCCGGUGGAUGAUGAUGAUGUGAUUAUAAUUGAUGAAGAUGAAGCCCAGUCGAAUAAAAGGUCGAGGGAAGAUUUGAACAGUAGGGUAGCAGCUUCCAGACGGUAUAGGGUUCGUUUAAGAGAGACCAUGCGCAGGCAGGUGGCUGAAAUCAACCAGCUGAAGGAAACCAACCAAAGACUCAGCGAGGAGAAGGCAGUGCUCCAGUUGCUCAUCACUGAACAUAUGAAGCACUGUCCCAAUGCUGACCACUUGAGAACUACUCAAGAGAAACUCAGCACGCAGCCUCGGAGCUAGUAUGUAAAUAUAUUAUUUAUUAUCUGUAUAUUAUGGAAGAAAUAGUUGAUUUUAAUUUUUUUAAAGACUGAAAUGGUAGACCUUCUUUUCGCAGGUAAUCGUAAAAUACUUGCCAUUCUGUUUUAAACUUGGAUUCUUAAGAAUAGAGGCGAAAAUUUAUUGACCUCGAGUUUAAAAAAGUUUAUUUUUAUCUAAGUUAUUAUAUUAAUUUAAUUUAUUAAAAAUCACAUACAGGGUGACAAAAUUGAGAUUCUUCUUGCACUGCCCAUAAAGAAAAGAAAAAUUGACGUGUAACUUUUUGCAAAAAAUAUGUAUAAUUGUCAUUUAUUU